AUGCCGCUGCUAGUGAGCAAUUACAGCUGGCAGCAGACCAAAGCCUCAGUCUUUCUCUCUCUGCCCCUACGAGGCGUCUGCGUCAGAGACGCGGACGUGUUCUGUGCGGAAAACUAUCUGAAGGUCAACUUUCCCCCAUUUUUAUUUGAGGUAUUUCUGUAUGCUCCCAUAGACGAAGCGAGCAGCAAAGCAAAGAUUGGGAAUGACACUAUUAUCUUUACCCUGUGUAAAAAAGAAGCGGUCAUGUGGGAGACCCUUUGUAUAUCAGGUGUUGACAAAGAGAUGAUGCAAAGAAUAAGAGAACAAUCUAUUUUGCAAGUACAAGAAAGGGCAAAAGAGGCUGCAGAAGCAAAAGCUACAGCAAAGCGGGAAGAUCAAAAAUACGCACUAAGUGUCAUGAUGAAGAUUGAAGAAGAAGAGAGGAAAAAGAUAGAAGAUAUGAAAGAAAACGAACGGAGAAAAGCAACUAAAGAAUUGGAAGCCUGGAAAGAAAGUCAAAAGAAAGCUGAAGAACAAAAAAGAAUUCAGAGAGAAGAGACAUUUCGUCAACAGCAAAAGCAAACUAAAGAAGAAAGAAAAAAACUAAAACCUAAAAGUCUCACUAGAAGUUCCAUAUCCAGACAUCCUGCUACAAAAGGGAGAAAUUCAGAGAAUAUAUUUUCUGAGGUGUUCAAGGAAGACUGCGUUCCUGCUCCUCGCUCUGUGGGCAGCAUUCAAGUCAGCUUUACCCCUCGAGUCUUCCCGACAGCCCUCCGAGAGUCACAUGCGGCAGAGGAGGAGGAAUGGCUGCACAAACAAGCAGAGGCAAGAAGAGCAAUGAAUAUUGAUAUUCUGAAUUAGUGAUUUAAAAGAAGAGAAAAGAAUCCAGACUGGCUGAAGGAAAAAGGAAAGUAG